CUUGUCUGCGUGACUGCCGCCCCCGCGCCCCACGGUUACGCACCGCCCCUCCCAGCCGUCCCUACUCCGCACUCCGCGGGUCCUUCCGCGCCUCUCCGCGCCCCUCCCUCCGGCCCCCCGCCGCCCCGCGUCUCUCGCCAUGCCGCGGUACUGCGCCGCGUCCUGCUGCAAGAACCGAGGGGGCCAAAGCGCCAAGGACCAGCGCAAGCUGAGCUUCUACCCAUUUCCACUUCAUGAUAAAGAGAGACUUGAGAAAUGGUUGAGAAACAUGAAACGAGAUGCAUGGACUCCAAGCAAGCACCAGCUUCUCUGCAGUGACCAUUUUACCCCUGAUUCCCUCGAUGUGCGAUGGGGGAUACGAUACUUGAAACAUACAGCUGUACCAACAAUUUUUUCUUCCCCAGAUGAUAAGGAAAAAGACUCUUCUCAAAAGACCCCACAAGAGGUAAAGAGAAAAGACCUCAAAGAAACAAAUACAAACGUAGAGUCAGAGAAGGCAUUUGUAUCACUUGAACUUUGUACACCAAAGAAAAAUCCUGUAAUUGCAGAAAAUAUAGAUGAAAAAGCAGAAGUAGUUUUCUCAACUGCAUUGGAUAAACCUUUACAAAUGCAACAACUACAGCUUCAAAAUGGAGAAGACUUUCAGGCAGACAGUAUCAUUCUUGAUAAUUCUAUGCAAUGUAUACAUGAGACUAAUCCUUUUUUAAUGGCAGCAGCAGUGCAGAGCAUGGAAGCUACCAGUGCUCCAACUUCUGUAGAGGACUCAGGAGGUUGUACAGCUACAAUCUUGCAAUUUACAGACUCUGACUACUUGAAUUCAUCUCUGAAACUUAAUGCUCUAGGUUCAAUUACUGACUAUGCAAUUGAAAAUCCUAACUCCCGUGUUAUAGGCUGUUCUGUUGGAGUACAGCCAACAAGUGAAAAUGCAGUUUUUCUGAGUACAGUCACACAAAGUAUUGAACAGUUCAGCGGAGGUGAAGAAUCUGUCAUUGCUAUCAUUGUGCCAUCUGAGAGUCUGGAAGAGCCUGAAAUAGUUAACAGUUCUUUCUUGCCUAAUCAGCAAGAGUUUCUUGAUACAGAGCAGACAGAAAUAGAAACAUCUAUGAAUAUGAAUGCAUAUGGUGGAAGUGAAAUAUUACAAACUGAGCAUUCAUACUGCAAACAAGACAUAGGCAGAGAUCACCUUUGGCAAAAAAUUUCAAAGCUCCACUCUAAGAUCACUAUGCUUGAAAUGCAGGAAAUAAAAACUUUGGGGAGACUCAGAUCUUUGGAAGCUCUUAUUGGACAAAUGAAGCAAGAAAACCUGCUUUCUGAAGAGAAUAUUGUAGAAAACUGCUUUACAACACUUGAAGUGACUAUGAUACAGUAAAGUUUUUAGUGGUUGUUCUAAAAUACCUUUUUAGCCCUUUUGGCUCUCCAUUUGUAUAAACAAGAAUUUGUGUUUCAGUCAUGCUGUUUUAAAAAUCUAAUGCAAACUGUGUGAAUAGCAAGUAGCAAAAUCUUUAAAAUGUAGCAUCAACCACUACCAAAGCUAGAAUAUUGGCUGUAAGUGGAACAACCCCUCUGUAAUCUAGGAACAAGCAGUUAAGGAUCUGCUACAGCACCUGGACACCCACAAGUCUAUGGGCCCAGAUGAGAUCCACCUGAGAGCAUUGAGGGAACUAGAAGAGGAGCUUACCAACCUCUCUGUCAUCUACUAACAGGGGAGCUAUAGGCCUGUCAGCCAAACCUCAGUGCCCAGAAAAGUUAUGGAGUGGUUCAUAUUGAGUGUGCUCACAUGGCAAGUGCAGGACAGCCAGGAAAUCAGGCCCAGCCACCAUGGGUUCAGGAAGGGCAGGUCCUUCUUGACCAACCUGAGUUUGUUCUGUGACCAGGUCACCCACCUGCUGGAUGAGGGAAAGGCUGUGGGCAUUGUUUACCUGGACUUCAGUAAAGGCUUUUGACGCUGUCUCCCACAGCAUUCUCUUAGAGAAACAGGUGGCUCAUGGCAUAGGAGGGUGUACUAUUGGCUGGGUUAAAACAUGGAUGGAUGGAUGGCCAGGCCUGGAGGGUUGUAGUGAACAGUUAAAUCCAGCUGGGGCCAGGUCGCCAGUGGUGUCCCCAGGGCCCAGUUUUGGGGCCAGUCUUCUUCAAUAUCUUUAUCAGUGAUCUAGAUGAGGGAAUUGGGUGCUUCCUCAGUAGGCUUGUGUUGAUCUGCUUAAUGUUAGGAAGGCCCUGCAGAGGGAUCUGGACUGGCUGGAUUUACAACUGGCUGAAGCCAACUGUAUAAGGUUGGAUGAGGCCAAGUGUUGGGUCCUGCACAUGGAUCACCAGAACCCCAUGAAAUGCUGCAGGCCUGGGGAAGAGUGGCUGGAAAGCUGCCUGGCAGAAGAGGACCUGAGGGUGCUGGUCCAGACCUGGCUGCACGUGAGCCAGCAGUGUGCCCAGGUGACCAAAAAGGCCAACAGCAUCGUGGCUUGUAUCAGAAAUAGUGUGGCCAGCAGGAGAAGGGAAGUGAUGGUGCCCCUGUACUUGGCAUUGGUGAGGCUGCACCUCUAGUAGUGUGUUCAGUUCUGGGCCUCUCACUACAAGAAGGAUAUCUCUCAGAAAAGGAGAGCCAAGCUAGUGAAGGGUCUGGAGAACAAGUCAUAUGAGGAGAGGAUGAGGAAAUUGGAAAGGCUUAGUUUGGAAAAGAGGAGGCAGAGGGGAGACUUUAUCAUUCUCUACAACUGAGAGAAGGUUGUAGUGAGGUAGGGGUUGGCCUCAUCUCUCAAGUAAGUAGCAAUUGGACUAGAGGAGCUGGCCUGAAGUUUCACCAAGCAAGGUUUAGACCAGACAUCAGAAAGAAUUCUGUACUGAAAGAGUAGUUGGGCACUGGAACAGGCUGCCCAGGGAAGUGGUGGAGUCACCAUCCCUGGAUGUGUUAAAAAAAUCUGUAGAUGUGGCACUUCAGGACAUGCUGUAGUGGGCUCCGUGAUCUUAAGAGGUCUUUUCCAACCAUGAUGAUUCUUCAGUUUAACAGAUUUUAUUUACUUCUGAAGUUUUGUUCAAAAAUGUAUGAAUCAAUAAAGAUAAGUUAAACCUUUCUAACUAUAGGCUCUUCUGAAACAUCCAACGACUGCAUUUAGGACAGCAGAAGAGGGGACAGACAAUAAUAAAGCUGUUGUUUAAAAAAAAAAAUAUCCCAGUUCUCUUUCAAAAGAAUAGUGAAGUAUGUAAUAUACGUUGUUCAGCAAGGCCACAGUUACUCUGUUCUGUUCAUGUAAUAUUUGUUCUGUUUGUUUUUUGUACACUUUGAUCCCAUUAAAUUUUUUUCUG